CACACGUAUGGGCCGAAUAUUCAUUCUUUCGCUUGGACAGUGAGNACUUCAAUCGUUCAUGGGUGGAGUAUAGAAAUGGAUUUGGUGAGUUGAACAAAGAGUUUUGGUUUGGCAACGAAUUCAUACAUCAGCUGGUUGAUCGAGAUGACUACGAACUGCGCAUUGAAUUAACCGAUUUUGAGGAGGCACACGUAUGGGCCGAAUAUUCAUUCUUUCGCUUGGACAGUGAGCGUUACAAUUACAAUUUACUGAUCGGUGGCUAUAGCGGCACAGUACCCGAUGCAAUGCAUUAUCACAAUGAAAUGGACUUCAGCACCUAUGAUCGACGCAACGACAAAAGUGUGGAUGCAUGUUGCGCAUGUGCCACUGGUUAUGCGAGUGGUUGGUGGUUUGACAAUUGUUCGGAGGCGAACUUAAAUGGUAUUUAUCGUGAAACACCAAGCGGACACAAUUACGUGGGCAUCAUUUGGGAGCAAUGGCGUGGUGACUACUCUCUACAAAAGGCGCGCAUGAUGAUAAGACCGAAGAAUUUGUCGACCGAGGAACAGUUAAAGCACGGCGAGCGUCGCGAACGCAAUGAAGAUCCCUGAAAAUUAUUUGGGAAGAAGAGGAAGCACAAAACUCGUUGAUAUAUCAGCAAAACGAAUUGAAUAGUUUACUUAUAACUAACAUACAUAUGUGUGUAGUAUAUAUUUUUAUACAUAUACAUAAGUGUGUAUGUGAAUUUCCAAGAAUCCUAAUAAAAAUAAAUGCUGAAGCGGCUG